CAGAUGGCAGUGCUGUACACAGCAAGUGGCCCAAGUGGCAGAAAGAAGAGUCCUGGCACGCCUGCCUCUUCUGAAGGUCUUGCGUGUACAACAGUGUCAGGUACUGAGAGACCCAACUUGAUCCAUACCAACACAGAAGGACUGGCUUCACAGAGUGAAUCUAGAAACCUGUGUCAGGAAAAAUAUAAAGCCAUGUUCCAAGCCAAGGGCCCAGCCAGUACAGCCUCCACUCAUGAGGCAAAAAGUGACUCGGGGACAUCCAGUGUGCAGAGAUCCAAGUCAUUCAGCUUGAAAUCCCAGGUGAAGGAGACAUGCAGCGCCUGCCAGAAGACAGUCUACCCCAUGGAGCGUCUAGUGGCUGAUAAAUUUGUUUUCCAUACCACCUGCUUUUGCUGCAAGCACUGCCAUGCCAAGCUCAGCCUGGGCAGUUACGCAGCUCUUCAUGGAGAAUUCUACUGCAAACCACACUUUCAACAGCUCUUCAAGAGUAAAGGCAACUAUGACGAGGGCUUUGGGCGCAAGCAGCACAAGCAGCUCUGGUUGCAGAAAGAGGUGCAAACUGGGACUGAGACAGCAUGACCCGCCAGCUCCUCUUCCCCUAUUGUGAGGGCCUUGGCCUGGCGCUGAACUGAGCUGAUGGGAAAACAGUUGAGGUGGUGAAGGCUGCUGUGAGCAGGAAAGGCUCAGCGUGGUGGACUCCGGUGGGUUGUCUGACUUGGGUUGUAGGCCGUGGUUGUCCUGGACAGCUGCUCUCUGGGUAGAUCCAAAAAGCCCCCCCCCCCCAAUGGUUGGGUGAUAGUGGAGAAAGUGAAGAAUUUGUGCAAAUCAUGCAAGAACAGGCACGGGGUGAGGCUGUUAGCACUGGUGAUAUCCAUGCCAUAUAUGUGGAAUUUAUCUCUGGCACUACCCCUUGGCCAGAACUCCCCGUCCACUACUCACGUCAUGGCACAUACAUCUCCCUUCACUGUUAGAACCCACUCUGGCAACCCAUCCAUACAAGCUUACCACAAACCUGCUGACGCAGCUGGAUUUGGGGAGUUGACAAGUUACUCUGUCUCUUGCCUUUGAAUGUUAGUACAAAUAGAACUUCUGGAAGGUUUUAGGUGAAUAGCACCUUGCCAGAACCCUCCAUCUAAAAAAAGUUUGCAGUCCUAUUAGUUUUAGAGGCUGUGACUGGUCACUUUCCAUUCUGAUUGUCUUGGAUCCAGGAGCCUUGCUUCCAGAAAGAUAUUUUACAGUAGGAUAGGGAACACUGUCCAGGAUGUAACUGGAAGGCAUGUGAAAUAGCUAACUUGCUGAAGUUCAGCAUGUCCGCCUGGGAAUUCUGUAAAUACCAUUAAGAAUUCCAUGGUUAAAUGGCAUUCUGACCUUGGUUAAAAACAUGUGCUUUCACUUUUCUCCCUUGGUAAACAGACCUAGAGAAAGGGAUAUGUGUGUGAUAGUAUAACAACAUCUGGAAUCUUCCCCUCCACAUCAUGUGCAAAAGUGAUGGUAAAUUGGGCCAGGAAAUGUGAUUCUAAACUUUGCAUUCUCAUUUACAUCAGCUCAGCUCUGCUUAAAUAUUCAGCCUUAAACCCUGGGGAAACACUUGCUGGCUCUUUUAUAUUUGCCUUUUUGACUGGUUUGUGAUAAGCAUGAAUGUGUGUUAUGGCUAGAGCCUCAUGGUUUGCUCUUUUUUAAAUAUUAUUUUUGUAAUACAGGUUUUUUGAACGUUUCUUGCUACAUGUUGUCUUAUUAAAAGGUUUGAGAAUAGGGGGCAAGUUUGUAGUUAGUUAACAGAUUUUCCCAUACAUCAUGAGAUACUGGCAUAAACAUAGCAUGAGAGAACAAACAAUCAGAUUUGUUAAUAAAUUC